AGAAACGUGCUUGCGUGUUUGUGAAAAAAAAUGUGUAAUUAAUAGAAUUCUUGUUUAAAUUAUUUGUUGUCCUCGCGCGGAGAAACGAGAAUUAACAUUAACAAUUUCGCCGGUUUGUUAAAUUGUGUUUUCCUCGUUUUUUUUUUUUUUUCAAUUCGAUCUUGUUACAUCUGACGUCUCGUUGUUGCGACAGCAAACACACGAAGCUCCGUGUUCUCGAUUCUUCGAGACUUUUGUCGAUAGACGCGUUCAUUUAUUUUCUAAAAUUUCACGGCAUACAUAUAUAUUGUAACGCGCGUUCACGUCGUUUUGCGUCGACAGAAGCGAGACGUGAACAAAGCGAGCGUUUGAAAAUAAUAAUUGUUCGUUGUACGGUAAAGCAUUUUGGAGAGAUGCAACGCACAAGCUACGCUUCAUCUGUGUAACCUCGUUUCGAAUCUCUCGCAUCGCGAAGUUAUGUUCAGCUUGAGGCCGCACAGUUCCACCACGAGGCACGAGAUUGACAUGAUCAACAAGGCCCAGCGGGCCAUACACACAACCACGGAUUCCAUUGAGAAACUGCGUCUGCUCUGCCUGACCAGAGGUGCCAAUGGCAUUCUCGGUCUGGGUAGAGUGUUCCGUCGUAUGGACGAGGACGGCAACAAGAAGCUGAACCUUGAGGAAUUCAAACAGGGUCUGGAGGAGAGCGAGCUCGAACUGUCCGAAGAUGAGAUCAAUAAUAUCUUUCAGAAGUUCGACACCGACAACGACGGAAACGUCAGCGUCGACGAGUUUCUCGUCGGUUUGCGACCGCCGAUGAGUCAAAGCCGCAGAGAUAUAGUCGACCAGGCGUUCAAGAAGUUGGACAAAACCGGCGACGGGCGAAUCACCAUCGACGAUCUCCGUGGGGUUUACAACGUCAAAUGUCAUCCGCGUUACAUCAGCGGGGAGGAAAGCGAAGACAGUAUUUUGAACAAGUUUCUCUCGAAUUUCGAGCACGGCAACAACGACGGAGUCGUAACGGAGGAAGAGUUCAUAAAUUAUUACAGCGUUAUCAGCGCGAGCAUAGAUCACGACGCUUACUUCGAUUUGAUAAUACGCAACGCUUACAAGCUGUGAAACAUCCGCUGAUCUUGCGUUUCGGAGAAGACAUUAAUAUCUCUAUCGCUGUUCUAAGAGUUUACAUAAAUUAAAAUAUUUCUCUUUUUCGCUCCCUCCCUCCCUCUCUAUCUCUCUCUCAUAUAAUGUUAUCAAAUGUGUGCCUUAGCUUGUCGUUAGACUCGCACAUAUUCUACUCUUACGAUAGCAAUCUUGCGAAUAUAUAUUUCCAGUACAUUACCGUGUGACUAUUUCGUUCAGUUGUAGACGGUCGAAAACUAAAACAAGUAUAGGAUAACAAGUUCUAUGUUUAUUAAUCACGUUAAUAAUUCACUGAAGCGUGUGUUCUCGAAGAAGAAGAAGAAGAAGAAGAAGAAAGAAAGAAGCGAAAGCGCGUUAAAAAAUUUAUCUCCGCCUUUGUAAAUUCCUAUUUUGUCGUCGGAUCGCUUGGACGAUCGCAAAAAUUUAUUCGCAAACUACAAAGGAACUUUCCACGCGACAAACGUUCGUUUAGACGUUCGUUUAGACGUCACGUGUGGAAUCGUGAAUUCGCGAACUCUUGUGAAUAAAGACAAAGAUUCCGCUUUCCGGACACACAAUGGUCUUCUUUGUCCUCUUCUUCUUCGAUCCGUUAUUUUGCGAAACAAGUUGGUUAUAGGGACCAAUUCUCCCAACCGUGUGCGAUUUGCGACAACGCGCGCGCUUCUUCUUUUGAAACGUUUUAUUCUUCUUCUCUGUAAUCGUAUGUUUGUUCUUGAGAAUAAAAAAAAAAUAUCUGCGAAUGAUAUUGAAAUAUUGGCAGUCUGUAUUCCACGUACGAGAACAACACACGUGACCCGACUGGCAAUAUUAUAAACGUGGCUCACGACGGUAUUUUCGUGAUAAAUGAGAGAGAAGAUUAACCGCUGCGUCAACACUUCACGGAAUUCUGUAAUCUCAAUUACGGCGAAGCAACAUCCGUGAGAGAGAAAGACGCUCGCGAUUAAAAUAAAUAAAAAUGAGUUUUUCGGCUUGUCGAUGCAAUUUUAA